AUGCUUACACCGCUUUCAGACCCUAGAUUGAUUUCAACGAACGUUUCAUUCGAAAUUAAAACGACCAAAGUAUCUUAUAAACGAGUAGCAUUUCUGAAAGUCCACAAGGCAGGAAGUACGACAGCACAAAACAUAUUUCUACGUUAUGGUGAAUCUCGCAACCUCACAUUUGUUCUUCCAAUAAUUCGACAAGAUCAUUGGGAUAAUGUUAUUGGUAUAGAAUCAACAUUGAAUGACAAAAAUAUUCUACCUUCCCCACUAAAUAAAACAUUCGAUGUAUUAUGCUGCCAUGUUUUAUACAACAGUGAAGCUUUUCAUAAGUAUAUGCCAAAUGACACAGCGUAUGUAGGCAUUGUUCGUGAACCAUUUAAUCAGUUCUUGUCGACCUUGAAUUAUUUCGGAGCUCCAUAUAUUUUUGAAAAAAUAAAAGCACUCAAUAAAGUUUUAAAGUAUCUACAAAAUCCUACUCAGUAUGAACAUGGUUUACCAUAUAAGUGGUCAAUGACAAACAACAGAAUGGCAGUUGAAUUUGGAUUUCCUUCCAAUCUCUUCCGUCAAUAUUCAGAAGAUGAAAGUAUGGAAUAUUUGAGGAAACUUGAUAAAGAAUUCCAGUUUGUGAUUAUAAUGGAAUAUUUCACUGAGUCUGUAGUUAUGAUGAGACGUAUAUAA